AUGUCUGACUUUGUCGAGGAUUAUCAAUCAAACUCGUUACAAUAUUGGGAUCCGAGAGAAAAAUUUCAUGAUUUAAAUUCAUCUAAUAUAUUAUCAGAAUCUGAAUACAAGGCAAAUAAAGAAAACUAUAAAAUGUAUAAUAAUAAUAACGAAGCUUGCUUAAUUUUAACAAUACCUCCAGAAAAUAGAUUUAGAUAUAGGUAUGAUACCGAAAUGUCAGGUACACAUGGAUCUUUACAGGGUAUAAGAACAGGAAGAGAUAAAAGUGCACCAACUGUACAGUUAUUAAAUUAUCCACACGAAGCUUUGAUAAGAGUCACAUUAGUUACAUGUUCUGAUGAUAACGAAUAUUAUCCACAUCCACACAGUUUGUUUGUAAAAGAAAAACUGUAUCAAAAAAAAAUAUAUGAAAAUUGGGAUAAUAAAAAUUUAACUAAAACAGGUCAUUACUCAGGUCCUCAUUAUAUCAGGAUCGGUACAAAUCGACAAGAUUUUACAGCAAGUACAAGAAAAAUUACAGAAAAAAUUAAGGGAACAAAAAUAUGGAUAUUACAAAUUUCAUCAUUCGACUAA